UGUGGCUUGGGGAGAGGAGGAAGAAAAGGGCCUCCUGGUGUUUCUUUUGUGUUUGUCUUUUGAAUUCUCUCUCCCUGCCUCGGCGAUUAGUUCUCAGAAUGAUUCUUGCUUCUCAGCCCUCCUGGGCAAAACACGUGAGAGAGAAUUUUCACCCUGGGGUGAUCAAAGGGAGCCGGGGAAACUGAGCAAGACAUAUGGGAGAGUCGUAGCAAACCCCAAAUGGUAUUUGUGCCCUCACUGAGCCUGCAGCCCAGUCCCACUGCUCUGAGCUGCUCCUUUAAGGACAGGAGCUUCAGAAGCAAUGCACCAAGCUGAUAAAUCUUACCAGCGAGCAAGGGAGUGAAUCAGUCUCUGCUACAGCAAUGAUGUUUAUGGAAAACAGGGAGAGGAGGUGAGGCAGAGAGGUCUGUUGUGUCUGAGAAGCUUCCCUUCUAAAAAGACAGAGUGCUGACACUUCUCCUUGAUGAAGCUACCCAGGCAUUUCAAAGUGUCUGAGAUUUCGUUAUCUAAGAAGCAGUCACUGGUUUUGCUGGGAACUUCAGGCUGUUCUACGAAGCAUUUUGAGUAUUAUUGUCAUUGGAAUAAAAACAUAUGAACCACUUAUUCUCUGUUUAAAUGACCAGCAAGUUCCCUUCAAGCGACACUGCCAAAACAUUUAUCCACCUGAUUUUUUUCCAUGUAGAAUUUUUUUGAUUCAGUUUUAACCUUUUUUGAUGGGGGUUGGAGACACUUCUGUUUAGAAGCACAUUGCAGGCUACCAGGAACGUGCUUCCUUGGUGCAGGGAGAGAAAGGGCCUCUGCUUGUCCACACGGAAGGUGUUUUGCAGAGCUGUGAAAAUGCAAACUUACCUUUACAUCAUUUGCCAGGAGUUGGAGGAGUGCUGCCAGGCAGAAGUGAAAAGUUCAACCUUUCUGCAGGUAAGAGUAUUCCCUUAGACAUGAAUUCGUAAACAGUUUUAAGUCCCCCCCACUCCUCACAAAGGCUUAUUAGCAAAUGAAGAAAAUAUCACCAAGCCCUGGCUCUGCCAAACAGACCCUAGCAAGGGGGCUGGACAAGGUCAAAUACAAAAAAAAGAAAUGAAGGAGCAUCCUCUAGAGACAGCUACAGACUUCCAAUAUAGAUGUUCAUACAUCAGCCUUUCCACGGCGGCAGCAGCAGCAGCAGGAAGACAUGGCCGACUGGAUCUGACUACAACGUUCAGUUUGAGCUGAGAAAUCACAGCCCUCACAAAGGACCGUGGGUGGCAGCAGCAGCAGAAGCAACCUCCAGGCCACUCUCCGGCCUUCGCGAACCCACAGGUAUGCGUUGUGGGUCUCGGCAGCUCCAAUGGCUUUCCUGUCCAGGUUCUCCAGGAAUGGCACCAGGUCGCCGAGCCGGGGUUCACGGGAAGAGCGCAACAACCACCCUAUCCUCAGCAUCUUUGAGCUCGAAAGGUUGCUGUACACAGGAAAGACAGCCUGUAAUCAUGCUGAUGAGGUCUGGCCAGGACUCUACCUGGGAGAUCAAGAUAUAGCAGCUAACCGGCGCGAGCUGGCUCACCUGCGGAUCACCCACAUCCUCAACGCCUCGCACAGCAAGUGGAGAGGGGGUGCUGAGUACUAUGAGGGCACAGGCAUCCGCUACCUGGGCAUUGAGGCCCAUGACUCGCCUUCCUUUGACAUGAGCCCCUACUUCUAUCCUGCAGCUGACUUCAUCCACCAGGCGCUGAAUGAAGGAAGAAUCCUUGUGCACUGUGCUGUUGGGGUGAGCAGGUCAGCCACCUUGGUCCUCGCCUACCUCAUGAUCCGCCACCACAUGCCCCUGGUAGAAGCCAUAAAGACGGUCAAGGACCACCGUGGUAUCAUCCCCAAUCGGGGUUUCUUGCGCCAACUGGUCGCCCUGGACAACGCCCUGAGGCUGAAGAGGAGCAUGUGAAGGAGGACGAGAAGGGCUGUGCAGUGCAGGUGUUGCGUGUGCAGUGUGCACCUGACCCCGGUGCCUGCUGAGUGGCAGAGACAGGGCUUCCUUAUGGUGCAGAUGCUUGGCAGCUAAUGGGUUACAUGCAAGUGGCCCCCAGGCCCCCCCAGCUAAGGGGUACCCCAGGUACGUGAGCUAUUCCUCGUGGUAAAGCAUAAGCCCUUAACCUGCAACCUCGCCACCUAGGUAGGCCUAAUAUAUAGCCUCCUUCCCAGCCUGCUCGCUCAAAGAUGUAUGCGGAGGGAUAUCUUAGACCCACAUUUCAGGUUAUUCUCUAUCCCUGCUGGCUCUGGGAAGCCUUCAAGGGCUGGUUCUCCCACCUGGCAGAUGCGUUCACCAGGCCAGUCCCAGCCCUCUCUCCCGGGAGAUCUAAGCUCUGUGUGUUCCUUGUUUUCCGUUCAUCUUUUGGUCUGUGUGUGGCAACGUGACUCAGGCCUGGUGUGUGGGCUGUGUCAAACAGGCCUUUCGUCAUAGUGUUUGGAUGUCCUCCGUGCCUAGUGUUAAUGUGUAAGAAUAAAGACACUGCUAAG